GCAUUCAGUUAAGAUUAACCUCUGUGUAGUGGUGUUACACAAUAUGUCCAAGGCCUUUCCUGCACCAGACUGAACUGUUGACUGAAGGGUUGUGAAGUGAAAUGAAGGGGAGGGACUGAACCCUGCAGGAAACGUGAAGGCAGAGCCUUAUUUCAAUGAAGUCACUGGUGUCUGUUGCCUGCUUUUAUCUCUCUGUCUUGGUUAGUGAAAUCUGCUUCUGUCUUGCACAGUUAGCUGAGGAUCUGAUAGCAAAACAUCACUGGCCUGUGUAACCACAGCAGCAGCAGGCAGAUGACGUUCUGGAAACACUGAAAGUUUUUUUAGAAGCUGUUUUUUUUUUUUUUUUUUUUUUUUAAGAUAAAGCGUAAGCUGUUUUUUCUGGUUUUGACAAUGUUGCUCAGGUUUCUUUUAAGUGCAAAUACGUUUAAGUUUUCAUUUGCUUUGGACUGGAAAUACUGGCGUUAAGAAAAGGAGUUUCACUCGUCUUGAAGUGCGUUUUAAGGACAUAAUAAUGAACAAUCAAUCGAUGACAGGGAGGACCAUGGUCCCGACCAUUCCGUCUAUUAUGUUCAUUUUCGGAGUGGUUGGGAAUGUCAUCGCCAUCGUGGUUCUUUGUAAAUCUCGCAAGGAACAGAAAGAAACCACGUUUUACACGCUGGUGUGUGGGCUGGCAGUCACGGACCUCCUGGGCACACUGCUAGCCAGUCCGGUCACCAUCGCCAUUUAUGUGAAAGGGUCGUGGCCCGGAGAGGACCCGCUGUGCCAGUACUUUGGAUUCACCAUGCUCUUCUUCUCCCUGGCCGGCCUCAGCAUCAUCUGUGCCAUGUCGGUGGAGAGAUACAUCGCUAUAAACCAUGCGUACUUCUACAACGACUAUGUGGACCAGAAACUGGCAGGUUUGACACUCUUGGCGAUCUACAUUUCCAACGCGCUUUUCUGCGCCCUGCCGAUCAUGGGCUUUGGACAGGUGAAGAAACAAUACCCGCAAACCUGGUGUUUUUUGGAGUGGAGGAGCAACAAGACCAGCGAUGCAGCCUACACCUACAUGUAUGCGGGUUUCAGCUCUCUUCUUAUUCUCGCCACUGUUAUUUGCAACGUGUUGGUGUGCGUGGCUCUGAUCCGGAUGCACCGGCGCUUCGUGCGCAGGAUGUCGCUGGGAACCGAUCUGGGGCGCAACGUGGACCCGCGGAGAAGAGGACGUAGCUUUGGGCGUCUGGCCGGUGCAGAGAUUCAGAUGGUCAUUCUGCUCAUAGGCACGUCGGCAGUGGUGCUCAUCUGCUCCAUCCCUCUUGUUGCUCAGGUGUUUUUGAACCAGCUUUAUAAGACUCCAGUUGAGCUGCAGCUGGACAAAAACCCAGACCUAAGAGCGAUACGCUUUGCCUCCUUCAACCCUAUUUUGGACCCCUGGAUCUACAUCCUGCUGCGCAAGGCCGUUCUCCUCAAGCUGAUUGAGAAGAUCAAAUGCUUGUUUUGUAAAAUGGGAGCAAGGAGGCAACAGAGACAGGGGAAUUUCCACUGUAUAGAUGCUCAUCAGCUCUCCUCGGUCAUCUCCAACCGGGACUCUCUGCGAAAUGUCACCAGCACCUCUCAGACUUUUCUCUACCUGCCAGAGGGAAGCGAGCUGUACAUUGGAAGCUGCCAUAAAGCAGAUGGACUCUGUGGUUCACAAUCUUCAUCCAUCAGAAAUUCACGAGCUUCUUAUUCAUCUGAGCAGGGCAGCGUUGAAGCUCAGACCAGACAAGGGACAAAUGUAAUCAGGGACCUGUCAGCCUUGCCGUGCCCAAAAGAUCCAGCACUGCAGGUGUCGUUGAGCACUGAGACAGUGGAGGAGAAAUGCAUCUGAACUAACUCUGAUCUCUCUGAGGUAGAUCAUCCACUGAAUCACUUCUCCUUAAGUGAACUUUUAAACCCCCGAUAAAUGGGGGUAGGCACAUAAAAAAUAAUAAAUGACUCUUAGUGUGAAGUCAGGCACAUGCAGCGAGACAGAAACAGAGAAACUUGAAGUGCUGUGAGCUCUUUCGUCUUGUGAUCUUUCUUUCAGCACCCAGCUACCUCAGUGAUGACUAUCUCUGACUGUGUGAGCAGAUUUUGUUAUUUUGUCCUAAACAGAUGUUAUUAAAGCAGAGAUGACCCAUGUCUUUAUGACUCAAGUGUCAGUGGUGGAAAAGCUAUCCUUCCUGAUUUCAGCUAUUUUGUUCAAUCAUUGUGGAAACCUUUUUACUGUAAAGUAGAUGAGGCCAGUAAUUUAGAAUAAUUGAGUCACAAGCUUGUGGUUCAAUAUGGUAAAUGAAAACAGUAUUGAAUGAAAUCCUUAUGAGUAAUCACUGGCAUGUGUGCUACCAUUGUGAGGAUCGAUUUCUUUAAGAAACUCUAUUGUACAGUGCUUUUUUGAAGGAUGUAUUGUGCUAGUUCCAUGACUAAUGUACAGUGCAGUAUUAAUAUGUGGUGAACACAAGCGUUUUUUUGUUCCUCAGCCCUGGAAUACACACAAAUAUGUCAUCUCAAAUUAUGAAAACCUUGCUUUCCAUUUUACAGUGAGGGUACAAAGACUCCUGUGCCAUAGUUAUUAACACCAAACUAUUUAAAUCUGACUGGGAAUGUUGAGCAUUUUUUCUGACUAGGAAUGUUGAGCUACAGAAAAUGUGGUGUAAAUCAGUGGACAGAUUGUUGCUUGAUGUGGAGUAUUGAGACAGAAGAGGUUUCAACACAGCUGUCAGCUUGAGAAAAAUUGUGUUCUAAAUGAUCAAUGUUGUGUAAAAUGUUGUUUGUAAUAAAAUUAUUCUUCUCUAGGAGAAGGUUCUAGUUAAUAAACCACAAUUCUAAAGGGUGCAAAGUAGUUGCAUGGUAUGUAUGGCAUGUAGUUUGAUCAGUAUUCAUGUUCAUGAAUUGGUAUAUUCCAGCACUAACAUCAAGAAAUUCAGAACUCAAACAAUUAGAGACCUUAUUUAUGAUAUGUAUGGAAGGAAUGUAACCAACAGUUACUUUCAUUAGUUAUUUGUUCUAUUUAUUUUCUCACAUAUUUGAUUUAUUGUUUAAUCAAAAUGUUAGAAAAUAUACAUCACAGCUUCCAGGAACCCAGAGUGAUAUUUUCAUGUGUUUGUUUUGUUUGACCAACUGUCCAAAAGCCAAAGAUAUGAAACAGAGAAAGGCAGAAAUAACUCACUUACUUUAAGCUGGUAAAACAGGUUUGCAAAAACAAAAAAAAGCAAUUCCUUUGUCAAUCAACAAUGAAUGACUCAUAUUUUCCUCAGAACAGUUUUUUCUGUUUCUGCUCUAUGUGUAGCUAUAUUUUUUCCGAUGGCAGAGUUCCCUUUUUUGUAAGGUAAUAUCAGUCACUUGACACCUUCUGCUCCAAUCUUUACCACCAUAUAAUAGACUGACCUUUUGAAAUCCUGUAUGUUUGAACUCUCCCACUCAAAUGAGCUUUAUGUCUUAAGUUUCAGCAGCCUUGAAACAUAUGGUCAGCCUCCUUUUCCCCCUGUCAUUAAAUUGACCCCAGAUUGUUGCUUAAUGUCACAGAUUAUGUUCUGCUGUUCUUGUUUCUCGUGUUGCUGUUGAUUCUAAAUAAGUUUGUUCAUGUACAUGAAUGCUGAGAAACACACCUCUCAGGAUUUUACAGUACAAUGAUAUUUGGUUAAAGGUAAAGUUUGACAUACAAGUGGCUUUUUAAGGUCUUUUAGUUUAUCUUUAAAUUGUGCACUUUAUUUUUUAUGUUCUUUAUAUUGUAAUGUAGAAUGAGGUCUGUGGACUUUUGGCUCAGUGUGUUGUUUUUAUCUGCGGUAUCACUUGUAUAUCCGCAAACAUGACAUUGUGUAUGCUGAAAUUGAGCAGAAAUAACUGAUCAUUUCUAUCUGUUCAGGAAAACAAAUGUGUACAAUUUACAAUGUAGCUUUAAAUUAACACCCACGCUAUCAUUUCACAGCAAACAUGACAUGUCAUCAUAUGUUGUCAACAUAAAGCGGAAGUUGAUAAUAUGA